AUGACGAACCAGCUGGCCAGCGACACCAAUUGGAAUGUAGCUAUCAUGAUUUUUGUCUGUUUCUUCAGCUUUGCCCUGCUACUCCUCAUCUACAUGCUCUACAAAUACUACAUGGAUGAGACCCCAUACCAAAAAACUUCCCUAGUAGAAGACGUUUCCAAGUUAGGGACAGCUGGGGAUAAGAAAGGAGUGAAGAAGGCUAAGGGUACAGUUAGACAGAGGGUUGUUCAAAAAUCCUCGCCCUCAUCUGCUGAGAAAGUGUCUGCUAAGUCGGGUGAGGAUUUUCAGGAUGGAAGUUUGUUGUCUUCUAAGGUUGCAACUGUGGCAUCUGCAUCACCAUCUUCUGGUGGCAAAAAUAAGAAACAAGAAAAAUCUGCCGAGGCAGCUUUGAAAACAAAGAAGGGGGCCAAUGAUGAUGUAGUGAAAGAGACCAAGCAACAACAACCAUCUCCAAAACAACAACAACCAUCUCCAAAACGACAGGCUAAGCAGAAACCAGUGAAGCAAGCACAAAGCUCAAAACAGGAUGUAGUUGCUGAUGAGGAGAUCAUUGCCUCAACAGCUACUAUUACAGCAUCUGCUCCAGCUGCUACCAGCAGCAACAACGCAACUGCAGAAGGAAAGCAACAGCAGAAUAAAGAAGCUACCACAGCAGCAACUGCUAUAGCAACUACUGCAGUUGUUGUAGCAACUACAGCAGCUGGGGUGGCAACAGCAUUUGCUGCUUCUGGGCAGUCAGAACCACAGGAGACACAAAAGAAAAAGAAGACAAAGAAGGCUGUUGAGAUACCCUCUGGAGGAAAUUUUGAGACAUACAGCGGGCAGAAGAUCAAAUCAGAGGCUCCACCCAGUUCCAUACAGCUCGUUAGCAAUGCGAAUAUUAAUGAGUUCAUGGAGGAGGAGCCAGCUGUGAUUGUCACCAGGGAGAAGCCACUCAAGCAACCUGCUAUCCAGCAACAGUCGACAAGCGUCGCUGCUGAAAAUGACGUCAUUGGCGGAGGAGGAUUUGUUGGGGCAGGAAAGAAGAAGGGCAAAGGAAAAGGUGUAGCCAUGCUGGAUGAUUCUGAAGUUCCUUUUGAAGCUCCCAUCAUCCAGCAAGAAUCAAAGCAGCAGAAAUCAUCUCCUGACUCUCUGCAUCAGCAACAUCAGCAGCUGCCGGCUAUCAAUGAUCACCAUCAUCACCAUCUCCAGAAUAAGCAGCAGCAACAGCAACUACAAGAACUGCAGCAGCAGAAGGGAGCAAUGAAGAAGCUGAUUGAAGAGAAGGAAGAUAUCAUAAAGAGAGAUCAGAACCAGUUGAAGGUACUGAACGACAGCAUCUUACAGAUGAAGAGGGAGCUGGCCAACUACCACGCCAGGGCUUCAGACAUGGAGAAUACCAUCAGAAUUUCUGCUAAGAAACACGCAGAAGAGAAGCAGACGCUGGUGAACAGCUUGCACCAGUCCGACCAGCAGAACAAGCAAGCAAUACAACAGCUGCAGCAGGAGCUGGCUGCUUCCAAAACCAUCGUGACGUCAUUGGCCGAGGAGAAUGCCGGUCUUAAAGACGAGAUGAGUCGUCCAAACAAAGCAGCUCAGUUCGUCGAGGAACUUGCUCAAAAGGCAAACCAGGUAGAGCUCUUGAAUGCCUCCCUACGGAACACCCAGAUCGCCCUCGAUGGAGCCGAGAAGGACAACAAGAGCUUGAAGAUGAAGUUGAAGCAAGUCGAAGAUCAGACACACAUGAUGGAGGCUAAGCAGAAUGAAGCAAACAGCACCAUUGGUCAGCUAGAAAAGGCCUGCUUUGACUACAAACAGCAACAUCAGCAGCUGCAGCAGCAGUUACAGCAGCUGCAGCAGCAACAUCAGCAACUGCAACAGCAACAGCAGCAACAACUGCAACAGCAGCAGCAACAAAUGCAACAACAGCAACAUCAUCAUGCUAAAAUUGAUGAGGAACGUGGGAAAAUGAUAUCUCAACUUGAGCAUGAAAACGACAGUUUCCUCUUAACAAUUGAAGCUUUGAAGAAGGAAGCAAAGGAACGGGAGAAAGUGCUCACUUCAACUUCAUCUUCUCCAAUCAGAAGACAGCAGCAAGACCGCCAGCAGCAGUUUGACCAGCUGAUCGAGCAGAGAGAUCAAGGUCAGCAGUGGGAGCAGCAACAUCAUCAUCAUCAUCAGGAGGAGGAAGAGGUCCAGCAGCAGCAGCAGCAAAAUGGCAUGCUGGAAUCUGAUUAUGUGAAUGCCCUGAAGGCGAGUGUCAGUGAGUUGGAAAAGGAAAUUGGCGAGAUGAAAGUUAAGCUGGAAGUUAAAGAUAAGAAGAAUGAAGAUCUACGCCAGAAAAACUGGAAAGCCAUGGAUGUCAUAGCUGACUUGGAAAAACGUCUCGAGAGUUUGAUGAAGGAAAACGAAACGCUCACUCGGAAAUCCCAGCAGCUUAUAAUUACCCCGACCUUGACCUCCUCGACAUCAUCAGAGGUCAAGAGUUCAGUUGGCAGGAAGGGCGACCUUGUACUUACUGGAUCGAAGUUCCAGAAAUCUAAAAAUAGAACAGGUUCCAGUGAUGACGUCGACGAUGACGACGGCAGCGGUGACGUCACGCCCGGCAUUGAAAACGUCAAGGAGCACAUCGUCGUCACUAAAACACUCAAGAUCCGCUCGGGGGGGCACAUUGAUGGCGAUGAGGAAGAUGGGGGCAGUGGUAAGUUGUCGGCCAUUAUGCAGCAGCUGGAGGAGCAGAAAAUGAAAAAUGACGACCUGCGCAAGAAAAAUUGGAAUAUCGUGGUCCUAUUAAACGAAGCUGAAAAGAAAAUCCAGCAACUUCACCAACAGCAACAAGAUCUACAGCAGCAGAUGCAACAAAUGGCUGCUGAAACGUCGAGUUUUUCGUCGUCGCCAUCACCGUUAUCGCCAACGCGUCGGGGUGGCGAGUGUGGUAGCGUCGCUAGCGGCUCUUCUGCCUCGCAUAGGAGAGAGUAUACUGUAGUCAACAAGGUCAAAGAGUCAUGUCAGUGGGACAUGAGUCAGCUGGUCGAGGACCUAGACUCCAAGGUGUCUGAACUCCACAUACUACAGGCUCUGCUUUCGGAAAAUGAAAGCGCCCGUGAAGUUCUUAAACAAGAAAAUGAAGAGCUUAAAUUAAAACUGUCGAAAUCAGCUGACGCCAGUUACGUCAUGGAAGAGAAAGUGAAUAACUACAGAUCAGCUGUUCUCAAGACGGAGAACACCUUGAAACAGUUGGAAACCAGCGUAUCGGAGGAGGAAAUUAAGUGGAAGAAUAGAAUUGAAGAGCUGGAAGGACAAGUGGCCAUGCUUCAGCAGCAGCUGCAACAUCCUCCUCCUCAUCGUCAUCAUCAAGAAUGAUGGUGAUGAUGAUGGCGAUGACGACAACGACGAUGACGUGGUAGUGAUGGCGAUGGGAGAAGUCGAGAUGGUAUCGGAAGGAUUUAUCAUAAACAUGAUUCCACGACUUUCACUAGAAUUAUUAUUAUUUUAUUAUUAUUAUUUUAUUAUCAUUAUUAUUAUUAUUACCACUACUACUAUUACCAUCGUUAUUAUGUAUGUGAUGUCAUUAAUGUCACUAAUUAAUGCUACUGCAAUUGAUUUUAACUA